GAGGCGCGAGAGGGGCUGCGAGACGCCGCAUUCUCGCGCAGUGUGUGUGAAAUAAAAGCCGCUUCUUUGGUGAUGCCUCUCGUGCUGGUGAAGGACGACCUUCAGGACCUGCGACCCUUGUCCAGAGGGCUGGUGAUGGCCCAGAGGCCGCCAUCUACUGCCCAUACUACGUCCUUUUUGGACAGAACCAGAGAAGCCCGCCACAGGGCCCUGCGAUCAGCCCCCGGUUCCUCAGUUGAGUCCGUCCUGGAAAAGAACCGCUCUGCCAUGGACAUGGAGGAGCUGCCGGAGAACCAGAGUGACCCCAGAGCUGCCUUCCGAGCCUCGGACCCCCACGGCUGCCCGGCCAUGACGGGGGAGGAUUUCCGGCGGCCUGUCGAGGACUUUCUACUCCCGCUCACGAAGUCCGAGUUUGAAGCGCUGCUGGCCAGGGUUCCAAAGAGAGGCAACAGAGCUGCUGCCUGUAAGGAAUGGCUGAAGAAUUACUGCAGAAUGCAGACUGAGGGGGACAGUCCGGUCCAGGAACUUCCUGUGAGAUCCACUGCGACCUCAGCCCUACCCAAGCCGACAGAGCAUGUCACUUCAGACCAGUUUCUGCAUAAUCGUAGGAACCUUCUGGAUCAGAAUCAGAUUCACACCCUUGCAGAAGCCCUGGGUUUUAGAGACGGAAUAGUCCCCCACUCUGAAUGCAGGGCAAACCUCAAAGAUAGUGCGGCCACACGGUACGUCGGCACGAGCACCGAUCCCGUCGGCUUCCUGACAGCGGAGGAGUGCUUCUCGCAGAUGAAAGAGCGGAUCAAGGCUUUCCAUGGGGAUGUUUUCACAGCCUUUCGGGUCAUGGACAAGAACCGUGAUGGAGUCAUCAGCGGGCAGGGCUUCAGGAACCUGCAUGACAGCUUGAUGUUCGUAACCAAGGAGACAGAAUACAGCCGGCUGCUGGACCUGCUGGGCCUCAGGCCCGGCGCCACGCUCAACUACGCCGAGUUCAACAGCCUGGUCCAGGCAGGCGCCAGCACAGCAGCUCUCCCACAUCCUGCCACCAGACCGAAACGGGCUAUCCUGGAAACCUGCGACCAGGUCCUCGGCUACCUGGCCUGUAAAGCUCGCUGCGGAUGGCCGAACAUGGCAAAGGUGCUGUGUCACUUUGAUCGGAAUGGACAAAGCAUCAUUUUAAAGCAGGACUUCAAGCAUCUCCUGUACACCUACGCUAUGCCCUUUACACCAAACGAAUUUGACCAGCUGUGGCUGAGGUAUGAUGAAGGAAGGAGGGGCUACAUCAGGGAGGCGGAGUUUCUGGAGAAGAUGGGCGUGGGUCCCAAGAAGGCGAGUCGUGGCCCCGAGCAGCUGUCCCCAGGAGAGUGUGCAGAUGAGGGUCCUCGGGACGGAUCAGCCCAUGCCAGUGCCCAGGCACUCCACACCAGGGUCGCACUUCAUGAGCUCCGGAUGGCGAUGAGGCAUAGUGAUGGGGACCAUGGCCCCGCCCUGUUCAGGCAGGGGGAGGGGAAGGUAGAGGAGCUGCUGGUGCUAGUGCAGGAGCACGGCUGCCGUGGGGAGGACGCCCAGCUUGGCCAGCAGCUCAGCCGCAUGGGGAUCCACCUAGAUGACGGGCCGCUCCCCUACAUGGACGUCACGUCCAUGAUCGAUGGCGGAGCCGCUGCGGAAUCUGGCCGUCGCCAGGAAACACCGGCUGCGACAGAGAAUGCCAAGGGCCCAAGCCUGGAGAACGCCAUGUUCCGGCUGCGAGAGCUCGUCACGGCCGCGUACGAGGCCCUCCACAAGGCCUUCUCUGCGCUCGAAGAGAGCAGGAGGGGCGAUAUCCAGCCUUGGGUGUUCCGCCACGUUCUUGACCAUUUCUGCUUCAGGCUCACGGACCAACAGUUUGAUCACCUGAUGGACAGACUGAUGGUGGACAAGCGGGACGGAACAGUCAGCUGGACGGCGUUCCUGCAUAGCUUUCUCCUGAACGGACACGAGGCAGCGAGGAACGAGGAUGUGGGGAAGGAUGUGCGUCGAGGUGCCUGCCCAUUGCCAGCGAGUGACAUCCUGGGCCAGAUCCGCAAGGUCGUCUCCUCCCGUCUGCACACGGUCGCCAAGGAUGCGGCGGACCUCGACCACGCUGGCAACGAUGUCAUCUCCAAAGACGACUUCAGGACAAUCCGCGAUCGUCACUUCACGAGACUGACGAGCGAACAGUUUGAGAACUUGUGGAACAGGCUGCCAGUGAACCCUCUCGGGAACUUGGAGUACCGUGAGUUUCUCAGGAGCUUCAGUGGAGGAGUUACUGAGGAGCCUAGGAGUAACGGUGGGGUCGCUGUCACGGGCCCCUCGACACGGGGAAUCAGGAGCGCGGCCCCGGGGCUCCGCCAGCACCCCAAAUCCACCUCCUCUUCCAUCAGGAGCUCUAAGCCGGCGGAGCACACCGGAAGACCGUGCUCGAGCAGGGAGAGGAGCACCCCUCCGGCAAACUGUGAGCGGGCGGAGUGCAGUCUGCGAAGCAAGAUGCACGCCUCCUGGAGGGAGAUCCACAGGAGGUGCUGGGAGGUGGACAGAGAACAGCUCGGGGAGGUCAGCAUGGAGCAGUUCCUGGCCAUAAUGGAGGAGCUGCAGCUGAAAUCGACUCCGCUGGAGAUCCAGCGGCUGGCCAGCGGGGGCGGAGUCGCCGACGGCGGCGGCACGGUCUCCUACCCAGAGUUCCUACGGCACUUCAUCCUCACCCCGAAGGCGCCGAGCGAGCGCGCUUUCCGCCGGCCGCAGCUCCACGUGUCCCAGACGCCGAUUCGUCCCGGGGUACUCAGCGGACAGUGUGUGGACGCUAUGCUGAGGAUGCAGGGCCCGAUUCAGCAGUUCUGGAGGGGCAUGAGGCGGAACUUUGUCACUCUGGACCGGAACCGGAGCGGCAGGAUCUCCCUCCAGGACUUCAGAAAGGUGUUGAGUCGGUACGGUAUCGACCUUUCCGAGGAGGAAUUCUUUCAUCUCUGUUCCUUCUUUGACAAGAAUAUUUCAGGGCAGAUAUUCUACAAUGAUUUUUUUGUGUACUUUUUUUAAAAUGAGCUGAGAGCCGAGGCUGCCCUUCCCACUGUGCGGCUGAUCACUGUCAUAUCACAACGGCCACGUUAAUAUUUGAUGGAUUUUUCAGCCGAGGGGCUACACUGUUUGUAGCAGACAGAAAACCUACCAGCAUCCUCCUAAAAUGCGGGAAUCACGAGCCACAAAACUACUAAAUUCAAAAAAAUACUUUUAAAUAUCACACUGAUGUACUUCUAGAAACUAUGAUGCUUCACCUGAAUUAUCGUAGCAGUUUCAUUAAAAAAAUAUUAAAUUACAAAGAGGUAUAUAUAGCUCUGUAUGCAAGUGAACUUGUAUUUUUACAGUUUUCUAAUCCCAA